AUGAGCAAUCCCGAUAUUGUCUCGCUGGGCGGUGGGCUUCCCUCCAGCGAGUGUUUCCCAUUCUAUGAAUGGAGCUUCAAGGUCCCCACGGCACAGCACUUCUUCAAGGAUCAUGAUGAAAAUGAAACUCCCACAGUCCAAACAGUGACUAUUGGAAAGCACGAUGUCAAGGCUGGGACCUCCGAGUACGACCUGUCCAUUGCUUUAAACUAUGGACAAGCCAGUGGAUCUCCUCAAAUCAUGCGCUUCAUCACAGAGCACACAGAGCUUGUCUAUAACCCCCCUUACGCCGACUGGAAGGUCGCACCAACUGUGGGAAGCACGGGUGCCCUUGAGCAGGCCAUCCGUCUACUUUUCGAUCGCUCUCGAAAGGACUCGGUCCUCGCUGAGGAAUACAGCUUCUCCACUGCAUUGGAAACAUUCGUUCCUCAAGGCAUCAAGCCAUUUGGUGUCAAGAUGGAUGACGAGGGUCUGCUCCCAGAAAGCAUGGAUGCCAUGCUAUCUUCGUGGGAUGAGAAGGCACGCGGGUAUCGCAAGCCUCAUGUUCUGUACACCAUUCCCUCGGGCCAGAACCCGACUGCGGCAACCCAAAGCCUUCAGCGACGUCGUGCUAUUUACAGUGUUUGCCAAAAGCACGAUAUUUUCAUCAUCGAGGAUGAGCCUUACUACUUUAUCCAGAUGCCUCCGUACCAGGGCAACGACUCUGACAAGGUGCAAGCCUCAGAGGAUGUCGAGUCGUUCCUGGCCGGUCUUGUUCCAUCAUACCUCAGCCUUGAUAUUGACGGACGAGUCAUGCGCAUGGACUCGUUUUCCAAGGUGCUUGUUCCAGGAUCGAGACUGGGAUGGGUCACCGCGAGCGCGCAAAUAAUCGAGCGAUUCCUUCGCCAUGCCGAGGUCGCUAACCAAGGACCGAAUGGCAUGUCACAGAUCAUGUUGUGGAAAUUGCUUGAUCAGACCUGGGGCCACGAGGGCUACUUGAAGUGGCUGAUUGCUUUGAAGAACGCGUACACUCAGAAGAGGAACAUGCUGCUCGAUGCUUGUGAGAAGUUCCUCCCUAAAUCUGUUGUCAGCUGGAGUCCCCCGACGACAGGCAUGUUCCUUUGGCUGAAGUGCGACCCGCUGAAGCACCCUGAGUACCCAGCCCGUCCCAUCGAAGAAAUCGAAGGCGAGAUUUUCGACCAAGCCAUUAAGACGGGUGUGCUUUGCGCUCGUGGCUCUUGGUUCCGUGCUGAACCGGAUACGCCUGCAGAUGGCAUGUUCUUCCGCGCAACCUAUGCAAGUGCUACUGCGGAGGCCAUGGGGACUGCCAUUGAACGGUUCGCUGAAGCCAUUCGUCGGUCGUAUCAGAUUGAGUGA